AUGGUAGGCGGCAGAGUCGGCAAUUUUGGGGGGCAGGGCGGCCGGAUACUGAGGGCGGAAGAAGAACGUGCAGCAAAAGCGGAAGCAAUGAGUGCACAAAAGCUGAAGAGGAGCUUGGGGAGACUGGACUUUGAGGAUCAGGACGAGCCCCCAGAGCAGAUUCGGAAGAAGAAGGCCAAAGGGUCAAAGGAGGGCGGAAAAGGAGGCAAACCAAAGGGAUCCACCCAUGGCCAAGGCAACUCCAGUGUGAGGGUUGAGUUUGGCGGUCGGGAAAACCCAGGGGACCUCAGGCCUCAGGACAGGGAGUCAAUGCUGCCGGGAGACGACCCAGUUCAAGACGGAGUCUUGGUGAACAGCUACUUUAGGACGGGGUCAGGGCAAGAAGUGGACGAGAACAAGGUCAAAGGCAACGGGAAAGCGGGAGCGGUGGGAGCUUCCGAUUCAGAGUCUUCCGAAGAGGAAAAAUCCACAUUGAAUUGGCAGCGCAGGAAGGCUCUAGACGAGCAGCAGGCUAGACGGGGGUCUGGGGACUUCAUGGGGAAUCUGAAGACCCUUGGGAUGGGUAGAGAGCCUCUGAGAGAGGCGUCACUCCACCGUUCAGCUUCCGAAGUGGUCGCCAAGAGCAAGUCUCUGGGGGGCCGUGGCAGCGGUGCAGGGAGUGGCGGCAUUAUGCAAGUGGUGGUACGGAACUCCGUCUUGUACAUUUACCAGAGCGUGGAAAGGGCCAUGGCUGUGGCUUGCAUGAUGGGGAAGUGCACCGGCGCCGAGAUGUACCCAUCGAAGGAAGACCUGAUGUACUGGCGAGCAGUGGUCAUGGGCAUGGAGCGGGACGACCCCGAGGCGGGUGAAAAGCACGACCUCAUGACCGUUUUCAAGACCCGGAGCAACUACAACUACUGCGCCACGGAGCACUUGAAGGCAUGCUCCUCCAAGAGGGGGGAGCUCUCCGGAGCGAAGGGGAUCCGGGGCGUGUUCGAGACCAGAACUAGCUUCAAUCUGGCGAGGGCCAAUGGCAUUGCGGCCUUGGA